AUGGAGCUUGAGGAGAUUUUCAAAAUGGAAGAAAUCACCUGGACACAGAAGUCUAGGUGCCUUUGGUUGAAGCAAGGGGACAACAACACUGCUUUUUCCACAAGAUGGCACACUCUCAUAAGAGAUUCAAUCAUACUGACAAGCUGGAGAUUGGGGAGUACUUUAUGGAAACGAAGAGGUCAUCAAAAAAAGAGAUUCUUAGUUUUUAUGAGGCAUUAUACAAAGAGAAUGAAAACUGGAGAACAAAUUGGGAAUGUGUCAAUGCUCCAUGCAUUUCCAGCGAGGAAAAGGAGUGGCUUCACAGACCUUGCCGGAAAGAGGAGAUACAUUGGGUCAUCAAAAGUUGCGAAAGUGACAAAUCGCUGGGUCCAGAUUGGUUCUCAAUGUGUUUCUACAAAAGCUCUUAUCCCUAAGAAGACUGAUGCGAAGGAACUAAAAGAUUAUAGACCUAUCAGCUUGAUAGGUAGUUUCUAUAAGAUCUUUUCCAAAACUUUGGCGAAUAGGCUUAAAAAUGUGCUGCCAAGUCUUGUCAGUCCUUCUCAGAUGGCUUUUCUUAGUGAUAGAAACAUCAUAGAUGCAGCCUUGAUCGCCAAUGAAUGUUCGGAUUCAAGGAUGAAGUUGGGAAAGUCGAGAAUAGGUUCACAUAAAUUGAAACGGAAGGACUAUCACAGCUCUACUGUCAGUAUUGCUUUAAAACGGUACCCAUGGGAUGGCUCAAAUGAUAGAGAGCCUGUGAAGUCCUUGGUCCUUGGUCAGCCAGUUUUACUUGCUUUGGAAGAUAUUGAUGGAACCCCAUCAUUCUUGGAGAAGGCCCUUAGGUUCAUAGAAGAGCAUGGAGUGAGAGUUGAAGGAAUCUUGCGGCAAGCGGCAGAUGUUGAAAAUGUCGAACGUCGAAUACGGGAAUAUGAACAGGGGAAUAGUGAGUUUUCUUCUGACGAGGAUGCACAUGUUAUUGCUGAUUGUGUCAAGUACAUUCUGCGGGAGUUACCGUCAUCUCCAGUUCCUGCAUCUUGCUGCAAUGCCCUCCUGGAAGCAUUUCGAACUGAGCGUGUCAAUAGAGUCAAUAGCAUGCGGUCAGCCAUAUGUGAGACGUUUCCAGAGCCAAAUCGUCGCUUGCUGCAGAGGAUUCUUAUGAUGAUGCAAACUGUGGUUUCUCACAAAACUAAGAAUAGAAUGAGCACACCAGCAGUGGCAGCUUGCAUGGCACCUUUACUUCUUCGCCCACUUCUAGCUGGAGAAUGUGAGAUAGAAAGUGAUUUUGCAAUGGGCAGUGAUGGCUCUGUUCAACUUAUACAGGCAGCUGCUGCAGCCAACCAUGCUCAAGCUAUUGUUAUCACAUUGCUAGAGGAGUAUGAAAAGUUGUUUGCGGAAGGCUCUGUAUCGCCUGAACUAUACUCUGACUCAGACGGUAGUGGAAGCGAGAGUGAAGAACUUACUGAUGAUGAUGAAAGCUAUGAGGAUGAUUCACAGGAGGGAUCUGAUGUUGAUACUGAUGAUGAUUUUGAUCGUGAGUCUAGCCCAAAAACCAGUGAGGUUGGUGAAUGUGAAGAUAGUAACAAGAGCUCUCAAGUUUCUAAAUCUGGUUCCAAGUCUCCCGAAGCAGACAACGAAGCCAGUAGGUGCUUGCCUACAAGUCCACCUCGUACUUCUAUUCAGCAUGAUCCAGUGGAAGGAAGCGAGAGUGUUCCAGUUCAAAGUAAUGAAAAUUCAAGGACGCAGGGAAAUGAAUGUGGUGAACAAUUGGGAGCUGAACUGGAAAAAACAUCUACUUCCCAAAAGUCAAUAGAUAUGCAAAGUAGUCCUGCCCAAAGCAUUCGGCGCCCUGCUCUGUGGGGGCGCUCUCCUGCCAAGAAGAACCUCUCGAUGGAAUCUAUCAAUGUCCCUCUCGAUGACGUGACUGAAAUCCAAAGGCUUGAGGUCACUAAAACUGACUUGCAAUCCAAAAUUGCAGAGCAGGCCAAGGGGAAUGCCCUUCUGCAAGAAAGUAUGGAGAAUCGGAAGAAUGCAUUGCGUGAGCGUCGUUUGGCACUUGAGAAGGAUGUGGCACAGCUUCAGGAGCAACUGCAGAAGGAGAGGGAGUUAAGGAAACUUCUGGAAGCUGGAGUUAACAUGUCUCUGGUCACGUCACCCGUCUCUUCCAGUAUUGCUGGAAUGGAAGAGAUUGUGGAGAUUGGUCAAGCAGAGGCAGAUAUCAAUUCCAAACAGAGGGAUGAUGAUCUUAGACUGCAGCGUAAUGAACAAGGUGAACAAAAUCCCACACUUCGUCCUGAUGAGGGAAACCAACCUCAGCAAAGACUAAAUUAUCAAGGAAAAAACAGCGAUAAACAGAAGGAUGUGGAAACUAAUGCUACUUCACAAAAUCUUGAGAAGUCAACAAGAGAUGAGCAUCAGACUUGUUCAAACAAGGCAGAUUAUGACAAGGACAAGAAGCAUGAAUCUCAGUUAUCAGGAAAUAAACACCUACCUCAGAGUACGCAAUCAGAUUCAUCAAGCAGUCCCAAAUCUUCUGUGGCUUUGGUCACUUCCUCAUCUCUGGAAACGGGAAUGGGCAAGGGGCCUUCAACCAGUGCCAGAAAAUCUGGUUCCACAAAUGAGGAACAUCGGACUCCAGCUACAAAUGAGCUCCUAAAUCUUGACAAACGAAAUUUUGAUCAGCCUGUCCACAACUUUGAAAGAAGUAAAGGGUCUGAAUCUCACCACUCUCUGGACAAAUCUCCAAGUCAAACAUCUGACAAGAGUGGAUCAGAUAGCCAUCAAGUUCUUCAUAAACCAGAUCAAGGAACAAAAUCUUAAGUCCUUCCAAAUUCUGAAAGAGGAAAACCAGAGAGGUUUCCCAAGUGGGGUUGAACUCUGCUUCCUCCAAGGACGUAUUUGAGACAUUGUAUCAUCCCAUCUAGAUUUACCCUGUUUUUCUACAGAAUGCCACAUGAUUAUCAGAUAGAUGCUUGUGGACCAGAUAGGAAGAUGAUGAGCAUGCUUUUUGCAUAUGAUCUUGAUUGAUCCGUUGAGAACUGAUUGUGAUGCCAAUGUUGCCUCAGUCAAAGUUCUGAGAAUUUGUUGGGCCAAAUAUGUACAGGUCAUCCAUCAGCUGAGGUGUAAUGCAUUUGUUUGCAGUGCCACUAAACCAAAUUUUGCUUGAUCUGACACAAAGCUGAUACUUUUGUUAUAGUUGUAUGUCCUGUAGAGAAAGAAACAACUAUGCCUACUGGAUUAAGGUGUAAAAUUUUCUUGCAACACUUGUUUCAGUGUCAAUUAGAGGAAUGGUGUCCCUCAAGUACCUAAGAUAAGAUAGUUUUGUUUCCAUUCAAUUGUAAAGAAAGUUGGAUGCUUCCACACUAGAGAAUUUUUGGAAGACAUGAUUAGUUAGGUUCCUGGUUAUUGCCUCAAAUUUAUUGUUUCAAGCCGUUUAAGUUUGCCAA